CAGGAAGUGAGGGAAGCGUCCUUGGAGAUGUUGUUAGUAGCAAAACUUUGGCAUCUUUCUCCAGUCUGCGCGCAGAAUGACUCGAUUAAAGAACUAAAAGCUAGCCGGUAAUAACGUCGUGACCAAUGAGAAAAGUAAUAAAAGUUCCUAAGUAACCAUGACUGCAGCGGCUCUCAUAGGAGACCAGCUGAUCCUUGAAGAGGACUACGAUGAAAACUAUAUACCCUCUGAACAAGAGAUCCACGAAUACGCAAGAGAGAUUGGCAUUGAUCCUGACAAUGAGCCGGAGCUCCUGUGGCUGGCCAGGGAGGGCAUCGUUGCCCCUUUGCCUCCUGAGUGGAAGCCUUGCCAGGACGUGACGGGCGACAUCUACUACUUCAAUUUCUCCACGGGCCAGUCCACGUGGGACCACCCCUGUGACGAGCAUUACCGCCGCCUGGUGGGUCAGGAGCGUGAGCGCGCCCAGCUCACAGCCGCCGCUGGCGGCGCAGGGCUGAAGAAGGAGAAGAAGAAGAAGAAAGAGAAGAAGGAGAAGAAAGAGAAGAAGAAGAAAGAACCACUCAAGGCUCCUGGAGCACUAAGUUCAGCUCUGGCACCGUUACCAUCCCCGCUUUCUAGCUUGGCUCCUCUGCGAGGUCUGGAUGCCCCCGGCCAAGGGGCUCUCUCCGCCCCUACCCCUGCUCUCCGAGGGUCCCUGGGCAGCUCUGGGGGACUGGAGCCCCUCAAGACAUCCCUACGGGGUCCUCGAAGCAGUGGGGCAUCUAGUGUUUUAGGCAGCAGGCAAGAGGAGAGGGUCUCGCUUACUUUGCCUGGUUUCGAUGAUGAAGAUGAUGAUGAUGACAUAGAUGAGGACAAAAUCUCUGAAAAUGAGCCGAGCCCCCGUGGUUCAGACCGACUACUGAAGAACCUCCACUUAGACCUGGAUGCCCUUGGAGGAGGCUUACAAUAUGAGGACAGUGAAGCGAGUGGUGCAGCUCCUCCUGAGGAGAGGACGGAGCCAGAGUUGCAGGACUUGGCCAUGUCUGGAGACCACAGCCCUGAACCGCCAUCCCAACAGGACUCUUUGAGGGGACGCCGCGUCCGCCUGUCCCGGCAGGCGGGCAGUGGGGACCGUGUCAGUGGGGAGGGGGCCUCCCCAGAACCUGAACACUCAGAGGAGGAGGUAGAGGAGGAGGUAGAUGAGGAGGUAGAGGAGGAGGUAGAGGAGGAGGUAGAGGAGGAGGUAGAGGGGGAUGUAGAGGGGGAGGUAGCAGAGGAGGACAGUGGGGAGUUGGAAGAUGCUCGCAAAGAGAAGGGAGAGGAUGAGAAAGGAGAGAAAGCAGAAGAGGGAGAUAUUGAAGCUGAAGGAGAAGUAGGAAAAGAGAUAGAAGAUGGAGAGGACGCAGCAGAUGAGAAGGACCAAAGAAGCCAAGAGGAAGGUGAAGGGAUGGAAAAAGACCAGAGAGGAAGUAAAGAGACUGAGGAAAGCCAGAAGGACAAGGAAGAGAGUGAUGAAAUAGAGGAAGAAGAAAAAGAUGGAGAAGUAGGGUCAGAAAGCGUAACGCAUAGCAACAGACAGGAGAGUAAUGAACUGGAAGAAAGUGACGGCGAUGAGGAAUUGGAAAGGUAUGAUGACAGCCAGAAUGAUGAAACCAAAGACAGAGCAGGAACCGUGGAGAGUGAUGGAGCUGGGAAGAAUGUUACUGAGGAGAUGGAGGAGGCAGAAGAAGUAGAAGAAGAAGAUUUAGAGGAAAGUAGCGAUGAAGUUGUGGAGAAAUGCUUCCAAAGUGAUCAAGGCGGAGGGAGUGAGGAGCAAAAUGAAACUAACAAAGAGAGCAGUGAGCUUGAGAAAGGCGUAAAUGACGGAGGGCAGAUGGAGAGCGACAAAGAGGCGGCGGGGAUGAGAAGCAACGAAGGGCAAGAGAAGGAUGAGAGCGAUGAGGCUUUGGAGAGAUGCUCCUUAAGCCAGAGGAUCCUGACGGAGAGCGAGGAGGACGUGUUAGAAAGGCGCGCGCCGAGCGAGGGGGAAGAGACUGACAGGCAGGGAGCGGAGAUCGAGAAUGAAUCAGAUGGCCUUGAGCCCCGAAGAGCAUCGGAGAGGCAGGAGGAAGUCUUGGAGGUUUUCAAAGAGGAACAAAAAUCCCCCCUUCCUGCAGAGGCAUCUGAGGCCAGCAAGCACUUUGAAGAGGCUUCAUCCUCCAUAGAUGUCAAGCUGUCGGAGAAAGUUCUGGACAUCAACGACCUGUCUGGCACACUCAGUCCUCUUGAGAAAGAUGACAGAGGGGAAACGCAAGAAGAAGACGGGAAUGAGGAAGGACUGAAGACGCAGAAGACAGAUAAGAGGCAGACGAUGGCUAAGGACGACCCUCCAGUCCACAGUGUCGACCGACUCGUCCUCCACCAGUCCAGCCCUUCUCCCUCUUUCUCCAGCUCCUCCCGCUCAGAACGAGGCGUCAGCCGGCAUCAGAAAGCCCAAGGCUUCGGCGCGCCUGUGGUCCUGCAGAGGCCCGAAACCUCCAGAGGUCGGCUCGUCCGCGCUUCCAACACCCAACUCGAAGAUGCCGAACUCCCCUUAAAAACCCAAGUCCCAACUCCACUGGGAGUAGAGGCACACUUGGAUCGGAUCAGGAGAGACGGGGAAAAGAAGGUAAAGGAGAAAGAGGAGGAGGAGAGGAGGAAGGCAGAGAAAGAGGAUAUGAGUCAGAGAGAAAGUGAGGAGAAGGAGAAAAGGAGGAAUGCUGAUGAAGAGAUGGAGGAGGAGAGGGAGCGUUUGUUAAAGGAAAAGGAGAUGAGGAUGCGCCUCCUAAGGGAAGAGUUGAAGAGAGAAGAGGAGGAGGAGGAGGAGGAGGAGGAGAGGGAGCGUUUGUUAAAGGAAAAGGAGACAAGGAUGCGCCUCCUAAAGGAAGAGUUGAAGAGAGAAGAGGAGGAGGAGGAGAGGAAACUGAAGGAGGAGAGUGAGGAAAGACUGAGGGCCCUACGACAACGUCUCCUGUCUGAGAGGAGAGAGGAGGAGGCCAGGCUGAGCGAGGAGGCUGAGGGAAAGCUGGAGGAACUCAGAGAGUCUGUUACGAAGGAGAGAGAGAAGCGACAAUCCGAACUCAGGGAGGAGAGUGAAGUCAUGUUGAAGGAGUUACAAGUCGCUCUGGAGGAGGAGCGGGCAGCGGCGCGCCACAGACUGGAAGCCCAGAAGAGGGAGGACAUGGAACGUCUGAAGGAGGAGUCAGAAGAGGAGCUGCAGGCCGAGAGGAGGAGACUCCAGAGAGAGAGGGAGGAGAAACUGAUCUCCAUAAAAGACGAGGUCAAAAACACCGAGCGGAGGAGGGACCUGAUGAUGAGUCCACGACCUGAACAGAAACUGGCAGAGUACCACCGAGAGCUGGGCGAUGUGCUGCAGGAGGUGCGGGAGGAAGUGCAGCGUGAUCACGAGAGGAAGCUGGAGCAGCUCAAGGACGACCACAGGAGGGAGAUGAACGGCAUCAGAGAGAAAUACCUGGAUGAGGAGGCUGCUCAGAGGGAGCGCUUGCUGUCCACCCUGCAGGAGGACAGAGUGCAUCUCCAGGCCUCACACUCCGUCCAGCUGGACAAGCUCCGCUUGCAGCUCGACUCACAGAUACAAAAGACUCAGCUGGCACACUCCCGCAAGGAGUCAGAACUGCAGGAUCUGGCAGAUCAGCUGGAGCUGAGAGCCAAAGAACUGAAGAGCCAGGAGGCCUUGCUGCAGACCAAGGCAGAAGAUUUGAGGAGGAGGAGGAAGAAGCUCGGCGAAGAAGAAGAGGAAGUGGACAGACAAAUAGAGACCUUACCUCGGCUGAUGCGCGAGAGAGACCAGCUGAUGGAGGAGCUGGAGAGGGUGAGAGCGGAGAAAACUCAAGCCCGGGAACUCCACCAUAGAGCCAGGGGGGAGGUUAUUGAGGCCAAGGAGCGGGAGGAGAGGCUGAGGGAGGAGAGAGACAAAGCCAGGGAAGAGAGCAGGAGAGCCAGGGAGGACAAGGAGCGGCUGGAGUGCAAGGUGCAGCUCCUGCAGGAGAGAUGCGAACGGCUCAGUCUCAGAGUCAGUGAGCUGGAACAAAGCGAGGGAGGGGCCGCCUCCUCGAGACCAGAAGAGGACAAAAAGAAGGUAGAAAAGGUGACGGCGCCCUCUAGUGACACCAGAGACACACCGUUACAUGUAGAGGACCUGGAAGAGCCGCCUCUCUCCCCUCUACCAGACAGCCACAGCAGCAUGGACGAGUUCCGGCGGUACCUCUCCUCACACGGCGCCUCCAUCCAGAAGACCAAACUCUUCCUGGAGAGGGAGAGCAGCCGGCUGAUGGAGAGACAGGCAGCUCUGCAGGCAGCCCAGACCAGCUCCACUCAGCUCCCCAGUCAUGGAGGAGGAGGAGGAGCGGCCGAGGAGACCAUACGAAACCUCCAGCAGGAGGCCAGAAAUGUGGCGGAGCUGCAGCGGGCGGUUCAGAGAGGGAACACUCUCCUGCGGAGGAAAGCGGAGCAGCUCCAGCAGAUAGAGAGCUCUAUAGCUGCUGAGGAGCCACUAUUCGAAGAUUUGUCUCGGCUAACGGGAGAGAGGAAGGUAACCUUUGAUGUGACGGAGUCUGAUCUUAGCAGCACUGUGGAUCCACCUGAUGGUCCAGGAGCUCAUCCCACCGUUCCGGCCAAAGUCCAGGAAUUAGCAGAGUCCCUGCAGCAGAUCUCAGGACAGCUCAACACUGUCCUGAGGGCACUGGGCUCGCUGGCUCAGAGACAGACCCUCCCCCCUUACCCAGCUUUCCCUUCACCUCAGCUGCACUCCAUGCCACCUCCGGCGCCCUCCACCUCCUCAGCGGUCUUCCCACCUCCUCUGGGCUCCAGUCCUUUAGCCCCACCGCCUCCAGCUCCAGCCUGGACCUGGGGUCCUCAGGGCGGCGCUGCGGCGACCCCUCUCUUCAGUAGCCCCAUCAGCAGCGGGCUAAGGGGCUCUGAGGACCUCAUCAACAGCCGAUGGAAUCAGAUAUUCCCUGGAGCAUCUAUUGAUCCGAUAUUUUCCAGCACCACAAGAACCACCUCAGCUCACUCGUCAUACGCUCCUGCUAGCGACCAUGGCCUCGGCCUGCGGUCCAUGCAGAAACCAAUGGAGAUGGAUGGCCAGAGGCUGCAGGGGCUGAUAGACGGCAACAAGAAGUGGCUAGAGAUGCGCAAGAAAGACACCAGCAUACCUCUGUUCACUCGCUAUCGGGCUCCCUCCUCCAAGAGCGGCCUGGUUCAGCUGGGCCUGGACGAUAACAACCAGAUCAGAGUCUAUCACUACUGAGGACAUGACGCUCAGUUCCCUCCUGGUGCACUUUGACUGUCACUGAGGACUUUUGACUGUGACGGGUCAGCACACUAAUGUUUACAUUCCUUUUUGAAUCAGUUCAGUGCAAAGGUUUCCAGGGAUCGUCCCGUCCCCCUCUGCUGUGAUUAGAGGAGGAAACGCCUGUUCAGGGAGCCGCAUGUCACACAGGGCUGAGGACUUUUGUCCUCCAACGUUAGAAGGUUUACCUUGUCACGAGGCUGUCUAGUCUGAGACAAUCACAGAGAAGUGUCUUGAAGCCAUUUUUUGAAUACUCCACCAGAGUUUUGUGAAAGCUUUGUGUUUUACAGCUGUGCAGAGCUCACGUUAAGUGUCAGGACAGGUUAGAGGUUUGUGUUUAUGCCACUGGUUUUAUAAUGCGCUUACACAUUUUUAAAAAUAUUUUAGAAGAAACUGAAAGCCUUGUUACAGUCGAUGCUUUGUACAGUGUUAUCUUGCCUUUAUAGUAAUAGUGAGCUGUUGAUGAGUGUAACUUUGAGAACACCAGAGAGAAACUGAUCUUUUGUGAUGGUAUGUACUGUAUGUAUGUAAAUAAUGCUGUAUUUUUCUAUGAAAUAUUUUAAUAAAUCAUCUUCUUUUUAUAUAUAUA